AUGGGGGAGGACUGGGCCCGCGGCAAGAUCGUGGACUCCGAGCUGUUCCUGAAGGGCAGGGAGAGGCCUUUGGAAGGCGAGGUGGAUGAGAUCCUGGGCCGUCAAGACGGAGAUGCUCAGAAGCUGUUCCCUCAGUACACUCAUGCAUCGCCUGCAACCGUUGGCGAGGUGAGGGAGAAUGGCAAAGUCCUGCAGCUCUGGAACUUCUCUCAGCUGGAGACCCUGAACCAGUACGCUUUGCGCACCCGCGCUCUCGUGCGGGCCCCCAGCAGCUCUCCGGCGCCAUGGCUGAUAGAAACCGAAGCCCAUGGCUGA